AUGAUGGAUAAUGUUUCUUUAAUGCUUUUUCUUUCAGGUUUAAAUGAAACAAAGAACCACCAAUUUGCUGUCUUCUUUCUUGCUUUACUGUAUUACUGUGUGAUUUUGCUGGUAAAUAUUUCUCUUAUUGUAACCAUCAUCUUGGAUAAAAACCUGCAUGAACCAAUGUAUGUUCUAUUAUGUACUUUUUGCAUAAAUGGACUUUAUGGAACAACAGGUUUUUACCCCAAAUUUCUCUGGGAUCUGCUCUCUCCUGUCCAUGUUAUCUCAUAUUCUGGAUGCCUUAUUCAGGCUCUGGUAAUUUACUCCUUUGCUACCAGUGAUCUGUCUAUUCUUGCAGUAAUGGCAUAUGACAGAUAUCUGGCUAUAUGUCAACCACUGGAGUAUCACGCUAUCAUGUCAAAGCAAAAACUCUUUUAUUUAGUGUCUUUUUCUUGGAUAACACCUUUCUGUAUUGUGGCUGUAAAUAUAUUUCUGACAUCUAGAUUAAAAUUAUGCAGCUCAUAUAUUCGCAGGCUCCUUUGCUCAAAUUGGACUAUUGUUACAUUUGCUUGUUUCCCAGCUGAAACCCUUAUUAACAACAUUAUUGCCUACAUUUCAAUAAUCAUUUAUGUAUGUCAUGGCUUUUUUAUAGUUUGGUCCUACAUACAUCUUAUCAAAACAUGUGCGAAUUCUAUAGAAAAAAGGGCAAAGUUCAUGCAAACAUGUGUGCCACAUAUAACAUCCUUGGUCACUUUUCUUGUGACGAUACUAUUUGAUCCAAUGCAUAUGCGAUUUGGUUCAAAAGAUUUGCCUCAAAACCUUCAAAACUUAAUUGCGAUAGAAUUCCUCAUCAUACCACCUAUUGUGAAUCCUCUAAUUUAUGGUUUUAAAUUGACCAAGAUUCGAAACAGAAUUCUGGGUUUUGUGUAUAUCAAAAUGAAAUGA